UCUGUCGAAUUGAUCAGUGUGCCUACAACGUAUCCACGUUUUGUUCAGGGAGAGACGAUAUUCUCGUGGUACAGCACGGAGGGUCGCGCGCAGACUGCGGACCGGUGGGGCGGGCGCGUGCGUCGCGUGGACGGGGAGGUGCUCGGCCUCGGGCGCGGCUCCAUCAACGUGACGGCCGUGCGCGAGACCGACGCCGGCCUCUACCGCUGUCUCGUCCUCUUCCCCAACCGCACCCCGCCCGCGCGCAACAACGGGACCUACUACCGCCUCGAGGUGGACGGUGGGAACCUGAUAGUCACGCCGCCCAUGAACGUCACGGUGCUGGAGACCGAGCGCGCCGAGCUCGAGUGCCUACCCAAAGACCCGCAGUCGGCGGUCGAGUGGUACAGGCAGGGUGCCCUGCUGAACCAGCUGCCGGAGCUCGCGGCGCGGUCCGAGGUUGCUGCUAACGGCAGUCUCGUGGUGCGCGUCACGACCAGCUCCGAUCCUGGCGAGUACGAGUGUCGUGUGAGCUCUCCCGACGGUCACAUCCAAAGCGCCAGCGCCUUCCUCGAUGUCCACUACAAAGCCAAAGUAGUGUACUCACCGAAGGAACGGCAUUUCCCGUUCGGCAAGCCGGCCAGUCUCGACUGCCACUUCAGUGCCAACCCUCCUUUGACGAACUUGCGCUGGGAAAAAGAUGGAUUUCUGUUCGAUCCCUAUAACGUCCAAGGUGUGUUCUACAGCAGGAAUGGUAGUCUGCUCUUCAACCAAGUGGACGAGACCCACGAGGGCGUGUACUCGUGCACUCCGUACAACGCGCUGGGCACGGAGGGCCCGUCCGCGGGCGUGAGGGUGCGCGUGCAACGACCGCCGGCGUUUGCCGCACGCCCUCUGCCCCUCUACGUGGCGCGCCUCGGGGCCACGCUCUCACUGCCCUGCAAGGUGGCGGUCUAUCAACACAACGACCCUCCGCUCCUUCGCUGGACUAGAAAAGACGGUAGCUCCCUGCCCGACGGCCGGCACUCGGUGGACGAGGGCAACCUGACCGUGGUGGACGUGGCGGAGGAGGACCGCGGAGUCUACGUGUGCACCGUCAGCAACGAGGCCGCCUCCGUGAGCGUGGAGACCGAACUCCUCGUCGAGAACGUGCCUCCUCGGGCCCCGUACAACCUAACCGCAGCGCCGUCCAACGACUCCAUACAUCUCACCUGGGUGCCCGGCCACAACGGUCUCGACGUCGACUACAACGUGUGGUACCGCGAGCGCACCGUCAGCGAGUGGCGCACCAUGAAGAUACUGACGCGGGGGCUGACCGAGGCGACGCUCGUCGGACUGCGCCCCGCCACCGAGUACGAGCUGCGGGUGCUCUCCCAGGACCUCAUCGGAGACGGGCUCUUCAGCAAACCGAUCUUCGUGCGAACCUUUGGCUCCGAAUUCAACGAAAAGUCCGAGUACGCUCCAGUGGCGGCCGUCACCGAGAGCUCGGGCACAGUACCCCUCGAGGGAGAAGAGUUGGAGGUGUCGGUGCGACUGAUCGAUGAGGGGGCGCUGGUCCGCUGGGCGCGCGACGUGGAGGACGACACGGGCUGCACGCUGCGCUGGUACCUCGACCAGGGCGCGCCGCGACUGCUCGCCACGCUGCGCACCCACGAGGACUACGCGCUCGUGCGCGAGGUGGAGGAGGGCGCGCGGUACCGGGCGCGCGUGGAGUGCGCGAGCGGCGCGCGGGGCGGCGCGGGGCUGGCGGUGCCGCAGUACGCGCGGCUGCGGGGCGCGGCGCUGGGCUGCGCGGGCGGCGCCGUGCUGCUGGGGGCGGCGGCGCUGCUGCUGUACGCGUGCCGCCACCGCCUGUGCGCGCGCUGACCGGCCCCCUCGGCUCGCGCUGUGACUAACUUUCCAUACAAAUGUAAAACUUAUAAAAACUAAGUUUACGUAGUGAAUGAUUUGUUUUUUUUUAAUGUGUCAAACAAGUGUGGUAAUUGAAUGUUGAAAAUGUGAUUAUUAAAAUCAAUAAAUUCAGA